AUGUGGCGAACCAUCCAUGUUUGGUGGUCUUGUGUUCUUGGUCCAUCUCUCUAUAGUGUUCCACUAAUUGCAACAUUUCAAUCGAUGAAAUAUAAUCCCAAUUUUUUGGAAUCGGCGUCUAACUGUGCUAUAAAUAUGCUUCAAAUAACGGUAGGAGUGAUUAAAUGGACUGCUCUUUUUUGGAGUCCCUGGGCAUUUAAAAAUCUGAAAUUAUAUGAUAAUUUUUUCGAGUUCUCUAGAUUAGUUGCUGUUACACUUACUAUAUAUUUUUCGGCCCUUUUACUUAGAGGAACUGGAAGGUUUUGUAAUCAUACUUAUCAGGAGUUUAUGGCUUUAUUUUUGGAAUCUAAGGAAACGAUCAAUGAGGAGACGGUGAAUAAAUUAACUCUCUACACUUUUAGUUCUCCGUGGCCUGUUCAUUUUGAUGUCCGGCAGUUACCUAGUAUCUCCGUAAAGCCAAAAAAGAUCACUCCUAAACGCAUAUCAGAUGUACCCACAUUAUUUAUGCCUUUGAUUUGGAUUAUAGCUCACACUAUUGGUAUCCGUAUGACAUAUGUUGGAUGUACAUGGAUUUUAAAUUCUCUUACAUUUAAAGCUCGAUUAGAUGCUCGAAGUAGAUUAAAAAUGGAGUAUAAUAUUCAAAGAAUCGGACUAUCAACUAGAGAAGGGGAAUUUGUUGAAGCAUUUUAUGCUGAUCGUCGAAUCAAGUCAAGUUCAAAAUCUAUUUCACCUGAACAAGAUGAUUUGAAUGGAGAGAUUUUAGUACUCUGUUGUGAAGGUAAUGGUGGAUAUCCUGAGAUUGGAACUCCCUGGGUUCCACUUGAACGAGGUUAUUCAGUUUUAGGAUGGAAUCAUCCUGGUUUCGGAGAAAGCACGGGUUUACCAUUCCCGGAAAAGGAACAGAAUGCUGUUGAAGCAUGCUUUUUAUUUGCUGUACAUCGAUUACAUUUUCAACCUAGUCAAAUAUUCGUACUUGGUUGGUCGAUUGGUGGUUAUACAGCAUCCUGGAUAGCAAUGAACUAUCCUGAUAUAGCUGGUUUGGUUUUGGACGCUACUUUCGAUAAUAUAGACGAACUGUCAAGACGAGUUGCACCAUCUAUAUUUGACCCGGUUUUGGAAUCUGUCGUCAAAAUGUACCUGGAUUUAAACAAUUUAUCCCAUGUAAUUAAUUACGAUGGCCCAGUGCUUAUUAUUCGCCGCAGUGAUGAUGAAGUUAUCAGCACUGGAGAUGAUCAUUCACGUGCAACUAACAGAGGCAAUCAUUUACUGAUUGGUUUAUUAAAGCAUCGAUUUCCGUAUCUGAUGACUGUAGAAAAUGAAUCCAUCCUCAAUGCAUAUUUAUCACUUAGCGCUGAAGAACAGAGAAAUACAUUUAAUGAACUUGGUUAUAAUCCAGAGGAAUAUGGGAAACUAGUCGUAAAUUUUUUAAAGGCUGAAGCACUUGAAAAACAAAUCGAAUCAAUGCCUUUAUACCCGUCAAAACUUGGUAAAGAAAUUAGUGAAUCCGAUGUUCAGAGAAAUAUGCUUUUUUAUAUAGUAUCCAAAUAUUUUAUUGAAUCUCCUGGUUCACAUUGUACUCCUUUGGCGGGUAAAUAUCUACAACCACCAUGGUCACCGCUAACUUAUUCGUUCGUUGAAUCUUCAGAAACUGAUCUGGACUGUAAGAUUGUUGACUAG